CUUUACUGAUUUGUUUCUAUCAACAUGACAUAUACUACUCAAUUAUCUACUAAAUUCCAUAGUUUACCCAAAUUAAGGAUAACUCAUACUAUACCCUUGUUUUUACUUAAAUCAAAUUUGCUAAGCUGUAUAAUAGUCAGGCUCAUAUUACUCCAUAUAGCUGGUGCUUGUCUUUUUUUUUUCUUUUUUUCACUAUCAGUGUAACACGUCAAUAAUAUAACGAUAAUUGAACAUCUAUAGUUAUUGCUUACUAUUUCACACAUACAAUUAUACACAUCUAUAGAGAUAUAUGUGUGUAAAAAGCAUCUCUGCAUCUGCAUGUGCAUGAGUUUCUACAGAGAGAAAAUUUGAAGUGCAGAAAACAAAGAAAACUCAGAAAGAAAGAAAAAAUCCAUAUAAAGUUAUUAUUUUCUCUUUUAACUCUUUUAGCUCUACAAUAUUAUUAUCUUAUGGUCUUUUAACUGUUUUAACUGUUGACGUAAAAAAAUCUCUUGCUGUAAAAUUUCCACAAAAUUUCACCUAUAAAGUCCUAACGUGAGAUGGGAAGAACACUUCGCAGAAACUUUUUAUUCAGACGCUUGUUUUACUUUGUCUCGAAAGAGAAUGAAUCAGAUCAUUUCCUGCGUUGAAAACGCUUGUACGAUGCGUCAAGCACCUGGGGAUCUCAAAAAGAGGCUUGAGACAAUGUCCGUGUACUUAUGUGAAACUACUUCACACUCAGCCUACGCAGAGGCCAUAAUUACUGGAUUUUUCCAGUCGGCGGGGAGCAAUGUAACUGAGGAAACAAGCUUGCUCUCCGUCAAAAAUGAGAUCCAUGGAGUUUUCAAUGCUUACGGUCCGGUUCUAUUACCAUAUGCAAAUACCCUAAAUUUACAAAUCCAAGUGAUCGAUACUGUGGAGAGAAUCUGCCUUGAAGCGGACUCAUCGUUUUUUCCAGCUUUCGGUUACAUAAUUCAGGUUCUGUCGAACCACGGUGUGGACUUCGAAGCAAUUCAGGUUUGGAAAACCCGUAAGAACAAGGAACGGGAUGAAGGAACGUUGUCACCACGAGAGGUAGCGCUGCUGACAAACUUGCUGGGUACGCCGAUAGGACCUGCCGGUGCGAUCCUUCAGGAGUACGAUCUUGGCCAGGCUAGCCAAGACGCCAGAAACAUGGGCUUCUAAUUUCUAAAAGACGGUUGAUCAGGCCGUAGUAGCUAAAAGUCGUAUGUUUGAACAAUAAUCGUUUAGUUAUAUCUCUUCUAUCUUAUUACUAAGGCUUGGCCCGCUUAUGAUGCGGGAUUAUUAAACUUGGACAUUUUUAUUUAUGUCUUUAAUAUUAAGGAUGAUUGCAUGCUUCUGCUGGUUAUUUUAGUUUUUCAAUUCAUUUACUUUGGUAUAUUUCUUUUAUAUGCUUGUUUCAUGAUAUCAUUGAUGAUCACGAAUCACGAGCCCUAUCGAUGCGAGGGUGGAAAUAUAACUUAUCCUCGAACAGUGAGAGAGAGAUAAUUCUUAUACGGACCAUUUACCUGGUGGAACACGUUUGGGCUUUUUUUUUUUAAGUUUGGUCAAAAUAAGCCCGUUAGAAUUCUUUUGUUCCAAGUUACCUCUUCAAAAGGCAAGUUUCUUCUUUUUACUUGCCCCGCAAGUAAUCCUCGAAAGGCUCUUAAUUGUGUUCUCGUCAACUGCUCCAAAACGCCAAUGUUAUUGAUUGAGCUAACAGUCAGCAGAAAAGCUCUUUGCUG